UCACCCUCAUUAAAUAAAGUCUUUCACUUCACUUCACUUCACUUCAAAGAAGCCAAAGUGCACCACCAAGUAUGGUCUACACCACACUUAAGAAUGCACUUGACCAACAGGAAAUGGAAGCCAACUGAAAGCAAAAGCAAAAGCAACUUACUUAAAUUUCAUUUUCAUAGACAGCCUAAACCAUCACUUUUCAUAUCAUCCGAACCAAAUGCUCUUCUGCAAAUUACAAACCAACUGCGGUUGAAGUUUCAACAGGUUAUUUCUUUGCAACCAAAAAACUCCGUUGAACAUUGCUGACAUUGGACAAGUCACACAGAAAUGCAUUUUCUAGGUUAAGUAAGGCCGUACAGCAAUUUCUUGCCAAAAACCGCACUGUUGAGUCAUUCUAGAGAUAUACAGAAAAUGUCAUUUGUUUCUUUGUGUUGCUGCUCAGAGUUCUCCGUAAGCUCCGGUGACCGGCGAAAUUCGCUGUCUAGUUGUCCUUGUCACACCGGCUACUCAUAGUAAAUAAAUUAUGAAAAAAAUUUAUUUGUAACAAUAUGAGCCUAUCCGUCAAUAAAAUUAAGCAUAAAUACUAUAAGUCUAAUUUUCUCAACAAAUACGUAGUGCUUAGAAAAUACGACUCUUAUAGCUGUAAGAUAAAAGAAAUCUGAAAUCAUUCGGGCCAUGAGAAUUGUGUGACGUGACGUGAGGAAUGAGCUGUGACAGCAGCAUUGAAAUAUUUGACAGCCAGGGUUAGGUUAAAGCUCAGUUUUUCCUCUGAAAAUGAAGCAAAAAACCUAGCAAUCGCUGCUCAGUACCUGGGACAAAUUGAAAAGAAAAUAGGGAUUGCACAAACGAAGGUCAUAAAAUGUUUUCUUUCAAAAAUAUACCUAAAUUAGUUAUUUUAUCUCCAGUGAAUGUACGCGUAAUUGCUGCAGAGCGACUGUAGGGAGCGAGCAGCAACAUAAUCAGGAUUUAGGGGAAAUAUAUAAGGGGAAAUUCUCGAAUUCAACACUUUUUACCACAAUGCAUUGCACUUAACCACACUUUUCACCACAAUGCAUUGCAUUUAUCUUAUCACACCUCAAUCUCCAUCUGUUCGGGAUCAUGCACGAAGUUGAUGCAUACCAGAAAAGAUUCCUACAUGGCAGUGAAUGUGCACUCAGUUUUGUAACACCAGUUGCUUCCUUUUCUUGCAGAACUUUUUUUGCUGCAGAUUGCAUACACUUGUCAUUGAUGUGUUCAAAUACACAUCUCAUGUUUGUUGGUGUGUUUUUGCAUGCCUCAUUUAUCUGGUGUGCUUUCACGCCUCCUUCCAACUGUGUGUUUUAAACUUGAUAUUCGCUUUUAAGAAUUGUACCUUUUACAAGGACUUGUGGUAACAUGCCAAUUUUUGGAAACUUUCUUUCAGAAGCUGUAAAGUAGUGCAAGCUUUAAGGUAUGUGAACAUAUAUAGCUUGAACAUAAUGGGUAACUCUCUUCAGCAGCACAGAAUAGUUAUUGGAAUGCACUGCAAUUACCUGAAAGCACGAGAAUGUAGGGAAUGCUUUAAAGGAAGGUUUUGGAGUUGCUUAGUCUUACUUUUUUACAUGGAAGCAAUAUACUUACCUGUUUUAAGAACACUUGUUCAUCGUUUUGAGCUUAUGCAAAUCAAUCACCUGUGGCUUACCCAAAUAUAUCUUUACAGAUUUUACAUUCCUGAUUUGAUACGGCUUGCAAAUGAUGUUGAAACUAACCCUGGGCCUAAUGUAGAUUCCGCGACUUGUAUGUUUAUUCCUUGCGAUGAAGGUUCACAGAAAUUUAUGUGCUCUAUCACUAAUCUCCCAUUAGCUGUAAAACAUUGUCUAAAGCCUUCUAAGCCACUUGGCAAACCCUCAAAACUCAUUCACAUAUUAGGUGAUGGGAAUUCUCUUUUUCGAGCAUUAUCAUAUGCUGUAUCUGGUAGACAAGUUUAUCAUACUCAAAUGAGAGCACAAAUAAUAAAUCACAUGUAUCAUAUUGAACAUUUCCUACUACCUCACACGAAUAGGUCAUUAAACAGUUAUUUAGCCAACUCUCAUAUGACUAGAAAUGGAGUUUGGGGAACAGACAUAGAAAUUUUCAGUGCAGCUUCACUGUUUUCCACUGACAUUUUUGUUUACACCCAAUUUGGGGAAACACAUAAAUGGCCUAAAUUUUCAAGAACCAUGAUCGAUGGUAAAAAACCUGCAAAUAGUUGUUCAAUCUACUUGAACAACUCAAAUGGAAUUCACUAUGAUGUAGUGCAAUAUGUUUGUGUAACUGAUUUAAAACACCAGUUUUCUCAGAAUUCCAAGCCAGAUAGUAUCCGUAGCUAUGAUAAGAAAGAAACAAUUGUUACUAAAAAAAACUAUCAGAAAACACGUGCCAUACUGAGCAAAGACAGACAAAGGUGAUGCUCACAGAGGAGGUUGCUAAACCGCAAUGCAAAAAAAGAAAACCUGAAUCAGAUCAAAAAAUAACACAUGCUAAAGAAGCUAGACUGGUUGAUGGUCAAGUUCCCUUUAACUCACCAUCUGUCUCUUCAGAUAAUGAACCAGAAGGUACCAUCAUAGUAACCAAUAGUAAUUUAAAUUCGCCUGCAAAUGAUGUUGAAACUAACCCUGGGCCUAAUGUUGAUUCCGCAACUUGUAUGUUUACCCCUUGUGAUGAAGGUUCACAGAAAUUUAUGUGUUCUAUCACUAAUCUCCCAUUAGCUGUAAAACAUUGUCUAAAGCCUUCUAAGCUGCUUGGCAAACCCUCAAAACUCAUUCACAUAUUAGGUGAUGGAAAUUGUCUUUUUCGAGCAUUAUCAUACGCUGUAUCUGGUAGACAAGUUUAUCAUACUCAAAUGAGAGCGCAAAUAAUAAAUCACAUGUAUCAUAUUGAACAUUUCCUGCUACCUCACAUGAAUAGGUCAUUAAACAGUUAUUUAGCAAACUCUCAUAUGACUAGAAAUGGAGUUUGGGGAACAGACAUAGAAAUUUUCAGUGCAGCUUCACUGUUAUCCACUGACAUUUUUGUUUACACCCAAUUUGGGGAAACACAUAAAUGGCUGAAAUUUUCAAGAACCAUGAUCGAUGGUAAAAAACCUGCAAAUAGUUGUUCAAUCUACUUGAACAACUCAAAUGGAAUUCACUAUGAUGUAGUGCAAUAUGUUUGUGUAACUGAUUUAAAACACCAGUUUUCUCAGAAUUCCAAGCCAGAUAGUAUCCGUAGCUAUGAUAAGAAAGAAACAAUUGUUACUAAAAAAAACUAUCAGAAAACACGUGCCAUACUGAGCAAAGACAGACAAAGGUGAUGCUCACAGAGGAGGUUGCUAAACCGCAAUGCAAAAAAAGAAAACCUGAAUCAGAUCAAAAAAUAACACAUGCUAAAGAAGCUAGACUGGUUGAUGGUCAAGUUCCCUUUAACUCACCAUCUGUCUCUUCAGAUAAUGAACCAGAAGGUACCAUCAUAGUAACCAAUAGUAAUUUAAAUUCGCCUGCAAAUGAUGUUGAAACUAACCCUGGGCCUAAUGUUGAUUCCGCAACUUGUAUGUUUACCCCUUGUGAUGAAGGUUCACAGAAAUUUAUGUGUUCUAUCACUAAUCUCCCAUUAGCUGUAAAACAUUGUCUAAAGCCUUCUAAGCUGCUUGGCAAACCCUCAAAACUCAUUCACAUAUUAGGUGAUGGAAAUUGUCUUUUUCGAGCAUUAUCAUACGCUGUAUCUGGUAGACAAGUUUAUCAUACUCAAAUGAGAGCGCAAAUAAUAAAUCACAUGUAUCAUAUUGAACAUUUCCUGCUACCUCACAUGAAUAGGUCAUUAAACAGUUAUUUAGCAAACUCUCAUAUGACUAGAAAUGGAGUUUGGGGAACAGACAUAGAAAUUUUCAGUGCAGCUUCACUGUUAUCCACUGACAUUUUUGUUUACACCCAAUUUGGGGAAACACAUAAAUGGCUGAAAUUUUCAAGAACCAUGAUUGGUGGUAAAAAACCUGCAAAUAGUUGUUCAAUCUAUUUGAACCACUCAAACAGAAUUCACUAUGAUGUAGUGCAAGAUGUUUGUGUCACAGAUUUAAAACACCAGUUUUCUCAGAAUUCCAAGCCAGAUGGUAUCUGUAACUAUGAUAAGGAAGAAACAAUUGCAAAAAAAAUUUAAAAAAACACAUGUUAUAUUGAGCAAA